GAGAGAGAGAGUCUUGGCAAAGGCGAUCAGAGUGGAGCCGGAGUGGAGCCGGAGUGCACGGGAAAUUGCGGUAGCAUACGUCAUUUAAAGACGGCGAUUACAAUCAGCGAGCGAAUAGCAUCUCGAAUCAGCCCUCUUGGACGAUCAAGUCCCUUGUGCGGAUUGGCUGGUGCAGUCACAACUGAGGAGCGGAGAGGAGCGCCGGGGAGUACCAACACGCUUCGUUUUACUCGCGCUAGCGCCGUCAACGGGAAAGGAGCAGAGGAGUGCGGAGAAGCGGCAAGGUGUAGAGGAGAGCUAGCAGCGGUGCCUUGCUUCAACGGAGGGCAGCAGUGUGUGUGCGAGAGCAGAGAAGAGGGGGAAGAAACGACAGAGAGAGAGAGAGAGAGAGAGAGAGAACGAGAGCGAGAGAAGAGGUGGUGGUUGUAGCAGCCCGACCGACCGACCGAGUUGUUUCAUUCAUAAAAAAGUUCUUUAUUACUCUCUGUGAGCGCAUGUGCUAUUCCACCACGGAGGAGGAACGAGUACUACUACACCUCCCCCGACUGGCUGCGACGGCGUAACCACGUUUACACACGGCAUUAUUUACUACUGUGCGAGAUACGAAUCAACGCCACACGCCGCACCGGCAGCGCGGCGUACAGAUCGUUGUGUUUCCAUCCGCGCUCGUGUCAGUCGUCGUUCUGUUCUUCAUCGGGAAAGGUGUUUGGUGCGUAUCUAUCUACCUCAAACCAGGAACGUGCGAUUUUGAAAAUUCUCGUCAGAAUCAAGUAGCCGAGAGAACAAGAAAAGAUAGAAGAGACACAACGAUAACAAGAAGCUCGAGUGUUGUUUUAAUAUCAUCAUUGUGAAAAUUUGUAUCAACCUGGAUCAACUCCAAGAGACCGCCGUGGACCUCUCCCGUGAAUCCGGGAGAGCUACCGGCCGAAAUCGUCGACGAAGACGAGAUAGACAUCCGACCUUAAAUAAUUAUACGGACAUAUUUGAGAAUCUCGACAUCGCGGGUCCCAGCACGAGUCAAGGGUCAAGACAGAGCAUGCCGCGCAACGACUCGUCGCGACAAGCGGGUAAGAGACCAAUGAGAGCUCUAACUCCAAUAGAAAAGUUCAACGCGAUCGAGCGUGUACAUGGUGGCGAAUCGAAAGCCGCUGUAGCUCGUGACAUUGGCGUACCGGAAUCUACAUUACGCGGGUGGUGUAAAUCGGAGCACAAGAUCCGCAUGCAAAUGGAAAACAUGAAGAAUUCAGGAACCUACGAUCCUGCUCUCACUACAUCCAGCUCGGAUAACAGUGAUAACAGUAGGCCAGGUUCCUCGUCAAGAUCGACACCGACCACCCAGCAAUCUGCUACGUUCGCGACUCCGAUAGGGACAACUCCCAUAACUAGAGACAGAACACUUGAAGACAUGGAAAUCGGACAAGCCGCGAAACGUAUUAAAUUGGAAAGUCUGCCCACCGUCAGCCCCAUGAUGAACAAUAUCUCCAUGUCGCCUAUCGCGUCUCAGUCGGUUGGAUUGAACGCUGACACGAUGGUCCAAACAUAUCUUCAACUACUCGCGACCAAUCCCGAUUUAAUGGAUUUAUUCAUCAAGGGACAAUAUUCGAAUUCAAUCCAUCCUUCUACCGUUACUUCUAGUGGAUAUCCACCAUCGAUUCUUAGAGAUCUCCAUAGAAAUGGUAUUCUUACCAACAUAACGAUGCCUAACAUGAUGCCGACGAGCAGUGUGAUUAAUGGAAAAAGAAAAUAUAGUGCUCCGGUAGUUUCAUCUAUGUCAACUGUCCUGCCAAAGGUCUCUUCCAAGAGGCAGAGUAGUCAGUCUCCCAUCGCGGAGAAACCAUACGGAAAUUCUUCCCAGUCAACAAACAACCAAACAUCUAUACCUUCAACGUCCGCUGACAAUGGCCACCACACGGGGGGUGCAACUGUCUUGCCGAAAUCACCUAAAGACUGUAAAAAACUGGACGCCAUAAUAUGUCAACUGCAACAGGGCUCUGGAUCAAAUGCGCGACUGUGUAAUAGCCCAGGAGACGAAGCCGUAUCCAAUAAUAGUAAUAUGAACAUAACAAAUAGUAACGUGAACAACAAUAAUAACGUUGAUCACGUCAACAACGAAACCCGAAAUUCGUCACCGAAUUCAUUGCCACCUGGCUUUUCCGAGAUACUCUCCUGCUGUACUAAACUCUUAGAAUGGUUGGACAAAUACGGAUCGGCGAUAUGUACCUUCCAACAAGUGACUCAAGUAAGAACGAUUCUUGAUAAUCUUACAAAUUGGGCAAAUUCUAAGGAAAGUGAGCCUAAAAAUAAAAGUAAUAAUGCAAGCUAGCUGAAAGAACGUAGGAAACGGCGCGUCAAUGUAUAACGGCGCGCCGUGAAUGUAUAAUGGCGUGUAUAUAUGUAUAUAUAUACAGGGUGCUUUCCAUUUAAUGACACAAGUAUCGACAAGUAU